AUGAUCCAGGAACAGUGUAAAAAUUACUCGCUAAUCCAUCACUUCGAUUCCGCGUACGUACCUCAACCAAGGUCCUGUGGCGCAACGGAUAACGCGUCUGACUACGGAUCAGAAGAUUCCAGGAACAAAGAAAAAGCACAUCUAAAGCAUGCCGGGCAAGAAGAUCAAAGCAAAGAAGGUGCGGUGGUGCAGUUUAGUUACAACUAUGUACAUGUCACGAUUCGCGUCGACGGUUUCGCCGCGAUCUCGGAUUUAAGAGAGCAUGACAAUUCAGUCUAUCCCGGUUCCUGUACACGUCGCACGACGAAUCAGUCUCAGCAGUGCAGACUUAUUGUCUCUACAUUACAAGUACCCAUAUAUAAUGUGUAUGAUACACAUAAACCCGCGCGCGUCUUUCAUUUGGCUUCCGGUCGACACAGUUUACAAACGUCAUUAUACCUAUAUAGGAGUUCCCGAAGCCAUUCGAAUGCCGCGAUGACCCUCCACUGGUGGAUGCAUUGGUUUUGGGUUACUCUGCUGUUUACCGUUAUUCUGGGGGCUCCUACGACGCAGUUCACGACGGCUUUAAAAGUCCAGGAAGAUCACGGCGUUCGUAUUUCGGAAACCGCGGUAACGCCGAUUUUACCGGGUACAAACAAUGUUACAGGAAAAAUUUAUCGCGUGUCUAAGGCGGCGGGAAUCGAAUCUCCGCGUCAAGAUAAAAUUCCCCUGCGGGUUAAACCCGUUUCAAACGAGACCGCGAAUUCCGACGAGCCACAAAAUCUCGCUGUGAUCAUCAGACCUGAUAACAAGAACGAUAACGAAACGGUCAAAGGAAUUAGCAAUAACUUGUACAAGGAGGACAAGCGGAAAAAGGAGGGGAGAAGUUCAUCAGUAUUAAAUAUAACAGGCGACGAAGAGAACGCCGUCAAUAUACAGAACAAAUACAAUAAUAGCUCUAGAAGUUUGUCUUCCUCGUUGAAGAAGGACAGUAAAAUCACGCGGAUUUUGAAUGGCGAUAACAAAACAUCGCGAUUGACGAAAAUUACUGGAGACAAAUUCAAGACGGCGGAUGAUUACCGGAGAAAAAACAAUACCGAGGAUGAGGAGGACGAUCGUAAUCUGGCCGUACUUCCGCUUCGCGUGAAGGACACGGAGGAGGAGGAGGAGGGCGAAGAAACGACACAGACACCGUCGACUACUAAUAGGUUUAAGCUGGUCUUAGACAAAACUAAAUUUAUUCCUUCCACUAAUGUUAAUGAUGAUAAUGACGAGGUCGAGAAUCUGAGGGACGGUGAGGCCGUUGAAACGAGGAUGAUAGCCACUGCAGCUUCCAUUCUACAAGGUGCUGUAAGCGAGUCGCCAAGACUGAGCAGAGCGAGAAGCGCCUAUGCCGGAGACUAUCAGCAACAGGAGAGAGACAAACGGCCUGACGAACAAGCUCAGGAAAGGCUCGCCGAGAAUUCGGGAAACGCGACGACAAACGCCAUCGACGUCGCCGCCGUCACCGGAAGCUGUUUGGCCACGCUGGUUUUACUCGGUACCGUGGGUAGCCUGGGUUUCGUUAUGUACAGACGGAGGUAUUUAAAUCCGCCUCAAACACUCAACAGCGACAAAUGUAGCAAUCCGGACAGCUCGGGUUACAUCGACGAUUCAACCAUCAGGGAUAACUCGGAGGAAAUGUACAGCCUGGACAAUGAUUCAUUUUUGAAUUCGCUUGAGGCUAUGACGAUCCAAAAUUACUGGACUGACAGCGUGAAGCACACAAAAUUGUGAAA